CGGCGCGCGGAGCGGGCGGAGGGCGCGACCGGCGGGCGGGGCGCAGCGCGCGGCCUCGGGCUCCCUCCGCGGGCCCUAGGCGGCCGGGCGGCUAAGGCCGGGACCAUGGCGCUGCGCGCCCGGGCGCUGUACGACUUCAGGUCGGAGAACCCGGGCGAGAUCUCGCUGCGGGAGCACGAGGUGCUGAGCCUGUGCAGCGAGCAGGACAUCGAGGGCUGGCUCGAGGGCAUCAACAGCCGCGGUGACCGCGGGCUUUUCCCGGCCUCGUACGUGCAGGUGAUCCGCGCGCCGGAGCCCGUCCCCGUGGCGGACGGCGGCCCCGGCGCCCCGGCCCGCUACGCUAACGUGCCGCCUGGCGGCCUCGAGCCCCUGCCCGCCGCGCCGCUGGGCGCCUUCCAGCCUCCGAGCUCCUUCCAGCCGCCGAGCACCUUCCAGCCGCCGCCGGGCGCCGGCCUCGCUUACGGCGGGGGCACCCUGCAGCCGUCACCGCAGCAGCUCUACGGCGGCGGUUACCAGGCCAGCCAGGGCAGCGACGACGACUGGGACGAUGAGUGGGACGACAGCUCCACGGUGGCGGAUGAGCCUGGCGCGCAGGGCAGCGGCGCCUACCCAGACCUGGACGGCUCGUCGUCGGCGGGGGGCGCCGGCCGCUACCGCCUGUCCACACGCUCCGACCUGUCUCUGGGCUCCCGCGGCGGCCCCGCGCCCGCGCAGCACCAGCCGUCGGGGGCCAAGAGCUCGGCCACCGUAAGCCGCAACCUGAACCGCUUCUCCACCUUCGUCAAGUCGGGUGGGGAGGCCUUCGUGCUGGGCGAGGCGUCGGGCUUCGUCAAGGACGGGGACAAGCUCUGCGUGGUGCUGGGGCCCUACGGCCCCGAGUGGCAGGAGAAUCCCUACCCCUUCCAGUGCACCAUCGACGACCCCACCAAGCAGACCAAGUUCAAGGGCAUGAAGAGCUACAUCUCCUACAAGCUGGUGCCCACGCACACGCAGGUGCCGGUGCACCGGCGUUACAAGCAUUUCGACUGGCUGUACGCGCGCCUGGCUGAGAAGUUCCCGGUCAUCUCGGUGCCCCACCUGCCCGAGAAGCAGGCCACUGGCCGCUUUGAGGAGGACUUCAUCUCCAAGCGCAGGAAGGGCCUGAUCUGGUGGAUGAACCACAUGACCAGCCACCCGGUGCUGGCGCAGUGCGAUGUCUUCCAGCACUUCCUGACCUGCCCCAGCGGCACCGACGAGAAGGCCUGGAAGCAAGGCAAGAGGAAGGCCGAGAAGGACGAGAUGGUGGGCGCCAACUUCUUCCUGACUCUGAGCACACCGCCCGCCGCCGCACUGGACCUGCAGGAGGUGGAGAGCCGCAUCGACGGCUUCAAGAGCUUCACCAAGAAGAUGGACGACAGCGCGCUGCAGCUCAACCACACGGCCACCGAGUUCGCCCGCAAGCAGGUGACCGGCUUCAAGAAGGAGUACCAGAAGGUGGGCCAGUCCCUGCGCGGCCUCAGCCAGGCCUUCGAGCUGGACCAGCAGGCCUUCUCGGCCGGCCUGAACCAGGCCAUUGCCUUCACCGGGGACGCCUACGAUGCCAUCGGGGAGCUCUUUGCCGAUCAGCCCAGGCAGGACCUGGACCCCGUCAUGGACCUGUUGGCGCUGUACCAGGGCCACCUGGCCAACUUCCCAGACAUCAUCCACGUGCAGAAAGGCGCGCUGACCAAGGUGAAGGAGAGCCGGCGGCACGUGGAGGAGGGGAAGAUGGAGGUGCAGAAGGCGGACGGCAUCCAGGACCGCUGCAACACCAUUUCUUUUGCCACCUUGGCCGAGAUUCACCACUUCCAUCAAAUUCGAGUGAGAGACUUUAAAUCACAGAUGCAGCAUUUCUUACAACAACAAAUAAUAUUUUUCCAAAAAGUGACACAGAAGUUGGAAGAAGCUCUUCACAAAUACGAUAGUGUUUAAUGACUGGACAGCGGACUGUGGACUUUCUCCUGUUCCAGAAUAAUUUCUGCGGCAGAAUAGAAACUGCUGUCGAAGAGCUACGGCCAACGCGCAGUGGUGGUACAAGGCUGGUUUUGUGUUAACUGAAACUGGGCUGGAUAUACAGUUAUGUAGGGCAGAGACGGUUAGGACGGUUCGAUAGUAGAAACAGUACCACAUGUUGUAACUAAGUUAUACUAUGUAUGCCUACACUACCAUUGUAACUUUUGGAAUAACGAUUAUACUAUUUGCCUUAUUGCUUUUUAAAGUAUGGGUAUUUAGAGCCUACUCUGUAGACCUCAGAACCCGCAAAGGGUCCCAGAGAAGCCGCCGGCCACGCCUGCUCUGGUCGCCUUUUCCUCUCGCCGAUCGGGGCUCCCGGAAUUCAGCCUGUUCUCUGUUUACAAACUCCAACUAGAGCAGCUAUGCGACUUCGUGCCUUUAGACGUCAGUUUUCAUUUCUCCACCCCACCCCCCUUUUUGCGUAACCACAACUUUUCUGAGGGAAGCGUGAAAGGCAGUCGGUGCCUAGGGUCACGGCCUGCUGGGGCUCUGUGCUGUCGCUGGGGCCGGCCGGCCGGUGGGCGGGAGGGAGGCCGCUGUCCCCCCACCCACAGGGGUUGUCCCCGACCCUGCGGUGAGUGCGGCCGAGGGGACCUGACGCUCAUCGCGGGGCUUGAAGUCCAUUGGGGGAGGAAGGGGCCCCGCUCUGCUCCCUGAGAUGCUACAGUGACGCAGCCUCCUCCCGCCUGCAUCCCGGAGCGUGGUGGGCGGUCCCGCUCCCUCCUCCUGCAGCGCGGGAAGGCGGAGCCCAGCCAGCCAGGGACACUGUGCAGGAUCGG